AUGGAGGCUUACAGGCCCUUCAAGCAAAACGAUCUCUUCCUAUCUCUAAAAAGGUACCUCACUAUGGUUGCUCAACCAGUUUUUGUGGCCGAGGAGUGGGUUCGCAAUGCCAGUAAUGAGGCCAACGCUGAGGCCCUCUCCCGUGCCGAUGUUGAGAAGUCCUUGGAGGCCCUCAAACAAGAAAAGGUAGAGUUGUUCAAGAAGCUGAAGGAAGCGGACAAGGCUCGCCUGAGUACCGAAACAGGUUUAAAGACCGUGGAGAGGCAGUUGGUCAUAGAUCUUAAGGUUGAGUUGCAAAAGGCCAAGGAGGCGGGUCAACUAGCCAAGGAAGCAACCGAGGCUGAGAAGCAAGCAUCCUAUCUACUCGGCAUGGAGGAAAUGCAAGUUAGGCUAGCUGAGGAGCUUUUAGAGGUAUGCAGGGAUUACUACAAUGUGACAUGGGAUAAGGCUCUUAGUGUUGCAAGAGUCCCUGUAGACUCUGGGGCUGAGGGGGACAAAGACAAGGGUAAGGAAAAGGAGAAAAAGCCCUCCUCAGAAGCCAAGAACGCUACCAAGGACAAGGAAGCUGCAGCUAAGGUGAAGGAAGCAGAGGCCAAGACUAAAGAAGCUGAUCCUAAGGCCAAGGACGCUCCUACUUCUCAGUCGAGGCAGAAAGAAGACCCUCCUGCUCCCAAGGCCAAGGCUUAG